AUCCCGUGCUCGAGAAGAUCGAGAAUACCAAAGCUGUCUACAAACGCCUGGGCAAGAGCGGACUACGAGUUUCUGUGCCAAUUUUGGGUGCUAUGUCAUUUGGUGACCCAGCAUGGCAACCUUGGAUCUUAGAUGAAGAAGCAUCGCUACCACUUCUCAAAGCUGCUUACGACAAGGGCAUUAACACGUGGGAUUCGGCGAACAUUUACAGCAAUGGUGUAAGCGAAACGAUCAUUGGCAAAGCUAUUAAGAAGUACCAGAUUCCAAGAGAGAAGAUUGUCGUUUUGAGCAAGUGUUUUGCCUAUGUUGGAGAGGAACCUGGCAUCAAGACCAUGACAUACGGCCAGAAGAUCUCAGAGUCGCCUGACUACGUCAAUCAAGGAGGACUUUCGCGAACUGCCAUCUUCAAUGCUGUCAACAAGUCGCUCAAGCGUCUUGACCUGGAGUACCUGGACUUGCUACAGAUCCACCGCUUCGACCCCAACACUCCCAUCGAAGAGACUAUGGAGGCAUUGCACGACCUCGUGCGCUCUGGCAAAGUUCGUUACAUUGGCGCGAGUUCAAUGUGGACAUACCAAUUCUGCAUGAUGCAAGCUUGUGCCGACAAGAAUGGUUGGACCAAGUUUAUCAGCAUGCAAAAUCAGUACAGCUUGCUGUACCGCGAAGAAGAACGAGAGAUGAACAAAUAUUGCGACGCAACUGGUGUUGGUCUCAUUCCUGUAAGUCAAUUCGAUGGUNGGGCUCCUCUUUGUCGUGGACAUCUCGCUCGCCCUGCAUCAGCGGCCGGAAGCACAACGAGAUCUUCAAAAGAGGCUGAGGGCUUGGCUGGAACAUCAGAGGUUGAUGUCAAGACAAUUGGGCGAGUACAAGAGAUUGCUGAGAAGAAGGGCUGGAAGAUGGCACAUGUUGCUCUUGCUUGGAUAAACAAACGCGUCUCUAGUCCCAUCAUCGGCUUCUCGAGCGUUGAACGUAUGGACGAGGCACUCGGUGCAAAUGGGAAGAGCCUGACCGACGAGGAAGAGAAAUACCUCGAGGAGCUUUACCAACCAAGAAACAUCGUCGGUCAUUCU